GCUUAGGGAUCUAUUGUUCCCUGUUUUUUUUAUUACUGACAGACCCCGCUGUCCCUCAUUAAGGAUCUAAGAGAGAAAGGCGAAACAGAGAGGACGAGGAGAGCAAAAGGAGCCCUCUGCCCCGUCCGCCCGGGAUUACCUCUUCUCGGAUGCACUGGUGUGGACAAAGCAGAAAGCACACACUUCAGUCUAGCUCUUUACCGCGUGGCCAGGGUUGCUUUUCUCCCCCUUCGCUGCAUUGGGAACUACAGUACUUGACGUGCGGUGGCCAUGGGGCUGGCCGGCAGAGCCGUGGGGAUGCUGGGGGUUUCAAGAGGAGCCCCGCUCCUCUCUCUCUGGAGGAUAGCGCUGCUCUUUCUCUUCAUCUGGGAGCUGGAUGCACAAACUGCAGUGGAAACUAAACCCUUGUACAUCUGGCAAACAGGUCCAUGGGGUCGUUGUAUGGGCAGCGAGUGUGGACCUGGUGGCAGCCAGAGCAGAGCAGUAUGGUGUGCGCACUCUGAGGGCUGGACCACACUACACACCAACUGCGACCAGGCGGAAAGACCGGACAACCAGCAGAGCUGCUUCAGAGUGUGUGACUGGCACAAAGAAAUGUACGACUGGCAGCUGGGUGCCUGGAACCAGUGUGUCCCAGUGUCGAUGCGCAGUUCCGGGGUACAGCGCCCUGCUGUGUGUACCCGGGGAGAGGAGGGCAUCCAAACCCGAGAGGUGGGCUGCGUCCAAAAAGCAAAUGGCGAGCCUGCGGAGGAUGCAAUCUGUGAAUAUUUUGAGCCUAGACCACGUCUUGAGCAGGCCUGUCUCAUCCCUUGUCCUCGGGACUGUGUUGUGUCUGAGUUCAGUUUGUGGACUCCUUGUUCUAAAUCCUGUGGAAUGGGUUUACAGAACCGGAUCCGUUUUGUCCUGGCUCCACCACUGUUUGGAGGGUCAGCCUGCCCAAACCUGACUGAGUUUCAGACAUGUCAGCUAGGGUCCUGUGAAGGAGAGGAGAGCCUCUACAGCCUCAGAGUGGGACCCUGGGGCCCCUGCUCUAUCCCGCUGCCAAGACAAGCAAGACAAGCUGACAAAGAACCCCGAGAGAGUGACAAACUAUCCACAGAAAGUGAUCAACUUUCCAAAGAGGGCGACAAACAGCCCAGAGAGGACGAGAAAUUAUUCAAAGGAGAUGACAAGCAAACCACAGAGGGUCUCAGACAACCCAAUGAAGGCGACAAACAGUCCAAAGGAGGGGACAAACAGACCAGAGAAGGUGUCAAACAGCAUAAAGAUGGAGACAAAAGGCCCAAGGAUGGUGGUAAACAGUCCAAAGAUGGUGACAAACCAUCCAGACUCAACAGAAAAGUGGACAAAGCACAAAGAAAACCAGACAGACCAUCCCGACAGGCCGACAGACCAAAACGUCAGAAAAAGGCUAAAAACAAAGAGAAAAGACAGAAAAUGCGGGAGAAAGUUCGAGAGCGGUUAAGGGAGAAGGGUAAGCUGAAGGAUCCUGAGACGAAAGAACUUAUCAAGAAGAAGAGGAACAGAAACCGACAGAACCGCCAGGGAGGAAAGUUCUGGGAUCUGCAGGUUGGCUACCAAACCAGAGAAGUGAACUGUGUGCAUAAGAAUGGGAAUGUUGAGGCCCUCAGCCUGUGCUCUCAGGAGACAUUGCCAGUCACCUUCCAGGCCUGCGUCAUGACCAAAGAUUGUGAUGUGACUGAAUGGUCUGAAUGGUCGGCUUGCUCCAAGGAGUGCUACGACCCCAACGGGCCCAAUGGACAGCGCACUCGCACCAGAAAAGUGAGCCAGUUCCCAAGUGGUGGAGGAGGUGACUGUCCAGAGCUGGAGGAGAAGGAGCCCUGCAGCCCCCAGGGAGAUGGAGUUCCACCCUGCAUUGUUUACAGCUGGAAAACUACAGAGUGGACAGAGUGCAGGGUGGAUGUGCUGCUGAGCCAACAGGACCGCCGGCGUGGAAACCAGACGGGGUUGUGUGGAGGUGGGAUUCAGACACGAGAGGUUUACUGUGUCCAGAGCAGCGCCGACACACCGCCUAACUUGAGCUCGCUCAGGAGCAAAGAAGAACUGCGACCAAUGGACAAUGAUCUGUGUCUGAGUAUCCCCCCGAACACCACCCAGCUCUGCCACAUCAGCUGUCCAGUUGAGUGUGAGGUGUCGUCAUGGAGUGCCUGGGGACCCUGCACCUAUGAAAACUGCCAGGACCAGGCAGCCAAAAAAGGCUUCAAACUGAGGAAGAGGAAGAUCGUCAAUGAGCCAACGGGCGGGACAGGGAACUGCCCCCACCUGGUGGAGGCAAUACCAUGUGAAGAGCCGAGCUGCUAUGACUGGCUGGUGGUAAAACUGGAGGAGUGCAUCCCCGAUAAUGAGAGGGAAUGUGGACCGGGAACACAGAACCCACAAGUGCAGUGUGUCAACAGUGAUGGUGAAUAUGUGGAAAGGCAGCUCUGCCGUGAUGCCAUCCUGCCCAUGCCAGCAAUCUGUGAGGUGCCUUGCCCAAAGGACUGUGCCCUCAGUCCCUGGACCCCCUGGUCUAUGUGCUCCCACACCUGUUCUGGAAAAAACACAGAGGGCAAACAAACCAGAGCUCGCUCUAUCCUUGCCUACAAUGCAGGAGAAGGUGGAAUCCAGUGCCCCAACAUCAGUUCACUGCAGGAGGUGAGGAACUGCAAUGACCAUCCCUGCACUGUGUACCACUGGCAGACCAGCGCGUGGGGGCAAUGCAUAGAGGACUCCUCCAUCCCAGCCACCAAUACAUCUGUGGGCCAAACGCGUCAUGACGAAGCAUCCUGUUCAGUGGGGAUGCAAACCCGCAAAGUGAUCUGUGUGAGGGUCAAUGUGGGCCAGGUUCCUCCAAAAAAGUGUCCAGAGAGUCUGCGCCCAGACACCGUCAGGCCCUGCUUACUGCCAUGUAAGAGAGACUGCAUCGUCACCCCGUACAGCGAGUGGAGCCCUUGCCCAUCAACAUGUCAAGCAGGUGGUAAAACCAAGAAGAAGCAGUCCAGGAAACGUAUUAUCAUACAGUCACCAGCCAACGGAGGACAAGACUGUCCUGAGGUGCUGACUCAGGAGAGAGAGUGUGAAUCUCCAUCUGUCUGUCAAGGAUAUAGAUGGAAAACCCACAAGUGGCGGCGAUGCCAGCUGGUUCCAUGGUCAGUUCGUCAAGACAGUCCUGGGGCUCAAGAGAUCUGUGGGCCGGGCAUGCAGGUUCGGGCUGUUUCAUGCCGAAAGCAGGAUGGUGGGCAGGCAGACAUUGAGACUUGUCUUAAGUUUGCCAGCUCCAUGCCGCCUAUCACACAGCCCUGCCAGCUACCCUGCCAGGAAGACUGUCAACUCAGCACUUGGUCCAAGUUCUCCCCCUGCACAGCUGAUUGUGUGGGCGUCAGGACCCGCAAGAGGAUGCUAGUGGGGAAGAGCAAAAAGCGGGACCAGUGUAAAAACAACCAGUUGUAUCCCUUGAGUGAGACACAGUACUGCCCAUGUAACAAAUACAACGCCCAGCCUCUGGGCAACUGGUCUGACUGUGUUCUCCCUGAGGGUGGCCGCAUGGAGGGUCAACUGGGCAUGAGGGUCCAAGGUGACAUCAAGGAGUGUGGCCAAGGUUAUCGUUAUCAGGCCAUGGUAUGCUAUGACCAGGACAACCGAAUAGUGGAGACCUCUCGCUGUAACAGCCAUGGGUACAUUGAGGAGGCUUGCAUCAUCCCCUGUCCAUCUGACUGCAAACUGAGUGAGUGGUCAAACUGGUCACGCUGCAGUAAGUCCUGUGGCAGCGGGGUCAAAGUGCGCUCCAAGUGGCUCAGAGAAAAGCCAUACAAUGGGGGAAGACCGUGUCCUAAACUGGACCAUGUCAACCAGGCUCAGGUGUAUGAGGUGGUGCCAUGCCUCAGUGACUGUGGCCAGUACAUCUGGGUGGCGGAACCCUGGAGUGUGUGGAGGGUCAGCAAUGUGGACCUGAGGGAUAACUGUGGUGAAGGUGUUCAGACCAGGAAAGUCAGAUGUAUGCUGAACACUAUAGAUGGGCCCUCUGAGCAGGUGGAGGACUACCUGUGUGAUCCAGAAGAUAUGCCUCUGGGGGCCCGCAACAGCCAGCUGCCCUGUCCUGAGGACUGUGUGUUAUCAGACUGGGGAGCCUGGAGCCCAUGUCCACUGCCCUGCAAUGGGAACACCACACGGGAGAGAAGUUCGUACCCAAUUCGCCAGCCUGGAGAGGAGAAGAAAUGUCCUCCGACUAAAGAGACAGAGCCAUGCAAACUCAACAGCAAUUGCUUCCAUUACUCCUACAACAUCACCGAUUGGAGCACCUGUCAACUCAGUGACAGAGCAGUAUGUGGAAAUGGCAUCAAAACACGCAUGCUGGACUGUGUGCGGAGCGAUGGCAAAUCUGUUGACCUCAAGUUCUGCAAAGAGCUGGGCUUAGAGAGGAAGUGGCAGAUGAAUGCUUCCUGUGUGGUGGAAUGUCCCGUCAACUGCCAACUGUCUGAUUGGUCACCAUGGUCUGAGUGCACCCAUACCUGUGGGCUGGCAGGCAAGCUGUGGAGGAGGCGGACAGUAAUCCAGGCACCCCAGGGCGACGGGAGGCCAUGUCCAUCCCAGAUGGAGCAGUGGAAGCCCUGCCUGGUGAAGCCCUGUUACAGCUGGAGAUACAGCAGCUGGUCUGAGUGCAAGACUGAGGGGGCGAGGUGUGGAGAAGGCCUGCACUUUAGGAAUGUCUCGUGUUUUGUGUCGGAUGGUUCCGGUGACCAGGAUAGCAGCCUGGUGGAUGACGAGCUGUGUGGAGACCUGGAGCCCUCAGUAGACGGAGAUACACACAUGAUUCUGCAGGAACCCUGUACUGCCCCAUGUCCAGGAGAGUGCUACCUGACAGACUGGACUGUUUGGAGUCCAUGCCAACUAAGCUGCGUGGGCGGGGAUGACCUGGGUUUCGGCUCGGUCCAGGUCCGAUCCCGAGCUGUUGUGGCCCAGGACCCAGAGAACCUGUUGCAGUGUCCAGAACAGGAGCUGGAGGCUCGGCCAUGUACAGAGGGCCAGUGUUUUGAAUACAAGUGGAGGACGGGACCGUGGAGGGGUUCAUCUCGCCAAGUCUGGUGUCAGCGCUUUGAUGGCCUAAAUGUCACUGGUGGAUGCCCGGUUUCAGCCAAGCCGAUGUCUGACCGAUCUUGUGACCCACCAUGCACCAAGCCACGCUCCCUGUGCACAGAGGCGGGAGUGUGUGGCUGCGAGGAGGGCUAUACUGAGGUGAUGACAUCUGACGGCCUGCUGGAUCAGUGCACGGUCAUCCCGGUGCUGGAGAUCCCAACAGCAGGCGACAACAAGGCAGAUGUCAAAACCAUUCGAGCUUUCAGCCCCAUACAGCCUGAAGCCAGCUCGCCUGGAAGGGCGGGACGCACCUGGUUCCUGCAACCCUUCGGCCCAGAUGGGAAGCUGAAGACCUGGGUGUAUGGAGUAGCAGCAGGAGCAUUCGUUCUACUCGUCUUUAUAAUCUCCAUGACAUACUUAGCAUGCAAAAAGCCAAAGAGGCCGCAGCGGCGGCAGAUGAACAACAGACUGAAGCCUUUAACUCUGGCCUACGAUGGAGAUGCUGACAUGUAGAAGUCUUCCCGCUGACCACACUGACCUACAGACAUUCGUCCUACUGCAGGACACCCAGGGUUUUUGUAUGGAAACCACAUGAUGUCAGGGCUGCCGCUGGGCAUUGUUCAACCUCCAGGUGGACACCCUGGGAAGAUGAUUUCUGACAGAAAGAGAAACCUCAAAGAUGAAGACACUGAAUCCAUGUCAUUAGCAGCCUUGAUGUUCCCGUUCUCUUUUUUUACUUUCCAUUUUCAUACUUUGCUUCACGAGAGCCUUCAUGAAUUCUUUACCCACUUCUGGAAGUCUGCCUUUGCUUCUCUGCCAUCUACUACUGCCAGAAACAUUGAAACCAGUCAUUGGAGAGGUUCACCCAAAAAUAGAGAUUUUGCUCUAAAAGCACAAAUCUUAAUGGUCUUUUUUUUUUUUUUAAUUAAUUUUGUGACUGUUGAAUGGGAUUGCAAGAACAGAUAAGGCCAGAGAAGAAAAUAGAUAAAAAUAAUUUCAAGAGCCACCAUCACUUCUGCCUGCCUUUCCCUUUGAUUUUUCAGGCAUAAUUUUGCACUAUAUUAGUGCAGCAUGAUAUGUACUUACGUCUAGCUUUGCCAUAGGAAACUGCCUCUCUCUAAAUACAAGAUGGUGUACAGUCUUGUGCUAGAAAUGUAAAAAAGUAGACUUUUUUUGCAAACAGAACUCACCAAUGUUUGUUAAUAUUUUUCUUCUAUUACCUCUUCUGUGCUCUAUGAUGGGACGCAAUGUAAAUAAGACUUUUUCUGUGGGCUCAACUUAACCUUUCUAGUAUGUUCAGGUAUGCGUCCCAAACUCUGCCUGAGUUUAUUUACGAUGUCUGACUGUGGCUUAAAAUCAUGAUCUUUUACUUUUGUAAAUUAUUGAUACACACCAUCAUCAACUCAGACUUCAGGAGAUAACAUAAAAAAACCCUUCCAUUAUGAACACUUUUGGCUGGGAUAUGAGAAGAAGAAAAGUGAAAACAGAAGAUGGAAGAUGAUUUAACAUUCACUCUUGGUUACAAGUUAUUCAGAUGCAUAAAGUCAGCUAAAAUACCCAUCAUAGCCUCUUCCUGGCUGCAUCCCACUGCCUCCUUAACAAAUCCUCAUUGUUUUGCAUGUCUUUAAAGCUUAAAUGUCCACACAACUGGCCAAAGGCUGGAUAAAGUUGGGGUGCCUGUUGGAUUGUCAGUUUUGGAAAGUCACAGAAAUAGUGAGACACAGUUUUUCCAAGUCUGACAUCGCAAAGGGGGGUGUUAGACACUGCUUGACAAUCUUACAAGCACAAAAUUUUAAGCAUACUAUGUUUAUGGUUGAGUCUCAUUUCCAGGUCUGGGGCUGAGGCUGAACAAUCAACAUCUUCCUCCACCUUUAAGGGCACCUAUCGGAAGUGCUUGUUGGAUGGUUCAAACCCUUUCAUAAACCCCCUCCCCUAAUUCGUUUCCAAUUUGGGAGUAUGUUUCCAACCAUUUCCAUAACUUUCCCAAACCAACAAUCUGACAGUCAUACCCAUUUAUGGUGAUGAUUGGUCAGCUGUGUAGAGGUUAGAAACUUCUCUCUCCUUUCUUUCUCUUUUCUUUUUCUUUCUUUCUUUCUUUCUUUUUUUUCUUUUUUUUUUUACUCAGCUGUCACUUUUCAUAUCUAUAACAGAGUACAGCACUAUGAAUGCCUUACAAAAGAGGCUGAAAAUCUGUGCCGUUAUUCCAAUAUAUCACAUCUUCCUCCUCCUUGUGAUGGUCAGCUUUUAUUUAAGCUUUUCAUGCAUUUGGGAUUGUGGCCAUUUUGUGAACAGUUAUUUAGGAACACUUUUGAUUUGUAAAGGAUGAUCUUAUUCUUUCUAGUAUAACCUGGCGUGAAGAGUUUAGUGAGUCGGAUGGACUGUAUAGGGCUUUUUCCACUGCACUAUCCAAGGCCAUUUCCCCUCUUAGCCCCAGUCAAGGGAUCUGGUAAUCCCUGGCUGUUGAAGCAUUCACAGUGGCAUGAUCCUAGUUCAUUCCAAAAUGGGCUAACCCUGACCUUGCCUAAGGGCUAGCUGACUCUUCUCCCGGAGUUUGUACUCUUGUCUAUGAAAAUCAACAUGUUGCUAAAAGCUGCAUGUGUGAAAUGGGCCCAGCGAAAUAUUGUGUAACCCAGGGCUGAGGAUAGCCUAGAAUGCCCAACAGACCCAGUUUGAUGAUGGUUAUCUUUUAAACGCCAUCAAGUUUUUGGUUCCAAAUGUUAGCGAAUAUUGUUUUUUCCUUUUACAGAAAUCCCUAAAGUCUGCAGUUAUAGAUUAAAGUUGUUAAUCUGUUAUUAUCCAACCCACAGGUCUUCACGAGAUACCCUAAGUUAAUUAACUUAAACUGACCUCAAAUCCAGUCUUAUGUAUGCUGUAGUACACCCGGAAUCAAUUUUCUGUAGAUAUUUCAGAUGGAAAUUCCUCCAUGUUCACAGCUACAGAAAAGUAAAACAGUUGGAGUUACAGGUUUUAUUCAGUGUUAAAGUGUUAAAUUACAUUCCUCUAAGUAACCUCUUCAGUCAAGUAACCCUGAGAGACAGUGUCAAUGAAGAACUGUGGUGGUCUCCCUGUCUUAAGGAGCGUUCAGCCGUUAAUGAACUAUAUCACUCUGGUUGACUUUCAUUGUCCCAAGAUGGGGUAAAGUCCUCUCUUUUAUUGAAAAUUCUGUUCAGGGCGAAAAAUUGUAUUGGACUAUUUUGAAACUGUACAAUUCUACCUGAUUUAAGCUGAAAGUCCAGUCACCCAAAGUGAACACUGUAUUACUUAUCACUAUGAGACAUCAUAUCAUUGCCAGAGAAUGGCAGUUUAAUAUUCUGUGGAGUUUGUUGCUAGUAAGUUAACGGAAUGUUUAUUUUAUAUUUCUUGGAAUAUGAGUUGUAAAUAAAGUGCUACAUAUUUCUUUUUUUUAUUUAUUGUUCAUGUACCAUAAUGUGUUUCCUUUUUUACUGCACAAGAUGUUAAGCAAAAACAAACAAAAAAGAAAAAAAAUGGAGACGUGAAUGGGGAGUGGUAAAAGCGACGUUGAUGAAAUUGUGAAAAACAAAGUCGCUGAUGAAUUCUGUCUUUUUCCUACUAUUUAUUUAUAUGUAUUUGACUAAUUGCUGAUA